UCACUUUGGAUAAGAACGUGUCUGUUAAAUGAAUAAUGUUCUUGUCAUGUGAAGUAUUGACUCAUGAGGGCUUUGUUUGACUUUGUACAUAUAUCAUGUGUAAGCCGUGCAGUUUGUCUUUUACUAAUUUUCAUGUAUCAUCUUUCUUCUCAGUCUAUCCAGACCGCUGCAAUAUCAGCCUAGCGGCUGUGGGGGACACUCAGAAACACAGUGAUCGCAUUGCAUUCUGGGACGAUGUGUAUGGCUUCAAGAUGAGGUGUAUGAAGAAGGCUGUGAUACCAGAGGCAGUAGUGGAGAUGUUGAAGCCUGAGACGGUCAUUUCAGAGCCUGCAGUGGUUAAGACUAUUGACUGUGGCUCUGUGACUGUGUCUGAGCUGGAGUUCACUGUAGACUUUAGUCUGAAGAUAACGGCCAGCACCUUCUGUACAGUGAGUAGAUCCAACUUCUAACACAAACACACAUUUACCAACAAACUGUGAUUAUUACCUGUCUUACACACACUUCAAUCUUCAGAGCUAAUCAAGGUUGUCAGGUGUGAAGAUUAAUUAGGGGUGGGAAGAUGGAUUGGCCAUUUGAUUGGAUGGGAUGGGUCAGGGAGCUCACACAUCAGUCUGGUUUGAUGGACAGACAAGUUUUCUUACAGGUGAAGGUAAAGACAGGCAGUGAAAGGUUUACUUUAUUUCAUGGCCUAAAUUCA